CGACCCAGAAGCAACCAAAGAUGGCACACCUCCAAUACUACAACUACCCAGGCUACGGAGAGCGAGCAGUAGAAACCUACAAAUACAGCCAAGCAGUCCGUGUAGGUGAUCGGAUCGAAUGCUCUGGUCAAGGCGGCUGGAACCCCGAAAACGACAUCUUCUACAAAGAAACCAACGCUCAAAUCGAUCAAGCUUUUGCAAACGUCGAUCUUGCAUUGAAAACCGCUGGCGGCAAAGGCUGGAGUCAAGUCUUUCGGGUGAAUAGUUAUCAUAUUCCGUUGAAUGGUGAAGCGAUGGAAGCUAUGAAGCGGAAUUUUGAGAAGUGGAUGCCGGGGCAUCAGCCCUUGUGGACUGUCAUUGGAGUGAGCCGACUUGGAAUGGAUGAUAUGAGGGUUGAGAUUGAGGUUGUGGCUCAUGAUCCGGAGGGGGCGAAGGCUGCAGGGACGGUUUAG